CAGCAGCUGCCCAAAUCUGAAUAUCCCCAUUUCUCCUCCUUCCCGAGAUCUCCUCACCUCCUCUUUCCUUUUUCCUGCCUUACUCUAUCUCUUCAUUCUCUUUCCAUCUUCAAAACAACAUUCCAUUUUCCAUUACUUCCUUUCCGAAGCUCAGAUCUUCAAGAAAAAAGAUCCAUGGCAGCUGCUUCUUCACACAGAUCUCCAUCUCCAAUUUCAGGAAGAAGAAGCCCAAAUCUCAGAACUCCAGAAAACAGCAACAACAUUAGAAAGAGCUUUAAUGGAAAUCCCAUAGCAAGGCCUUCAAUUUCAGCUGUUCCGAGAGGCUUCAAUCCUGUCACCCCAGUAAAUAGCCCAGCAGACUUUCCUCAAAGAAACUUGAUUUCCAAAGAAGGGAUGUCAGCUGUUCGAGCUUCAUACGAAAAAGAGAAUGAGAAGGAUCGAAACUGCUCCAAACCAAUCCGAGCAAAAUCACCGGUUUUUUCAAUGGGGACCAAGAACUUCAUGGCUCCAACAAUUUCCGCCGCUUCGAAGAUCGCUCCUUCCCCAAGAAAGAAGGUGCUAACGGAAAGAAACGAGACCGUCAGGACUUCUUUGGCUUCUCAUUCUGAGGGAAAAUCUCUUUUCCCUUGCAUGAAUUCUUCCGAAAUUGAGGAAACCAAAGAGAUCGAAUCAAAAUCUGAAAUGGGUCUUGAUUCACAGGUAACUUCAGAUUACCCAAAAGUUUUGGAAGUUUCAUUUGGACCAAGAACUGUGGAACAUGAAUGCAAUGAGCAUUUGGGUUCUUCUUUUGCUUCUCCUGACAUUGAUCCACCGAUUCCUCCGUAUGAUCCCAAAACUAACUACCUUUCCCCAAGGCCUAUGUUCCUCCGCUACAAACCCAAUCGGAGGAUUGAAGUCUUUCUCAACAAGGAAAAAGACUUUGAUCCUGUUGAAGCCAGUAAACAGCCCGAAGACAGCUUCACCUCUGAAAGCUGUUUAGAUUAUACUGAACCAACCGACGAAACUGAAUCUCCUAUCACCCAAAAAGAUUCAGAUUGUCUUUUUCCAUCUGAAGUGGAAGACAAAGAUGAUGACAAGGAGACCCAUGUUUCUGAUCCCGAAUCAGAUAUCAGCGACGCUGUCACAGAAAAAUCCAUGGAGGAGAGUGUUGAAGUGAAACAAAUUCCUCACUAUCGCUCUUUUGCAAGACCCAAAUUCAUGUCAUUCCUUUUGGUCCUAGCUAUCGCUUGUUUGUCUAUUUCAGUGACAGACUCUCCUGUCGUUCUCUCUCCGUUGUUGAUUAAAAAUCAGCCAUUCCAUAAGCUCUACGCCCAAUCCUUACAAGUUCUCGAAGAUCCGCAUCUUAGAGACUCAAUAGCUGAAAUUGGGGAGAUAGCAAAUGUGAAUCUUGAGAGGGUAGUUUACAGUUUCAAGCGUCUGUCAAUCAAGUCCGUCGCUUAUCUUCUUAACGCAAUGUCUCUUCCAAGGGAAGAAGACACAGUUCCAUUACGCUUUGUUAACUUAACCAUUCCGGUGAGUGAUAUCAAUGCCAAUGAAAUGUUGGCUGACGCAAACCAAAUCAAAGACUUUCGUGAAAGAAAGAAUGAAGUGAUUGGUCUAGAGCUUGAAAUGGAAGGAGAAGUCGGACAAGCUGCAAAUGAAGAACUUGGUGAAAUGGAGGGAGAAAUCGAACAAGCUGCAACUAUGGUGCUUGAAGAAGAGAGUGGUCUGGUGCUUGAAAUGGAGGGAGAAAUCGAACAAGCUGGGAGCAAAGAACAUUUUCAUCUUGAAAUUGAUUCUAAGGAGACUACAGAAAAUGAGGUUACAGAAGAACCCAUUAACGUAGUGCUCGAAGAACAGCCCCUGCCAGUUUCACAAGCACGAAAGAUUGAGCAUGAAUUUGUGGAAACUGAUGAGAUUCAAGAGAAGUUUACUAUCGAUUCUCAUACCAGCACCAAUCCUCUAGAUGCAGAAAUUACUCAAAACCCAGAUUCCUGGACAGACAUUGAGACUCCUCAUAGUCUGGACGUAAUCGACCCUACGAAUUAUGGGCCGGUGGAGGAUGAAUUUCCAAUUCGAAACACGUCGGUUGUUUCUUUGAUUGUUCUAGCACUUAUGACCAUUGCUGCUUGUUUCCAUCUCAAGCAAAACAAAGCUUCUAAAGUACCCAAUGCUGUUGUGAAGAAAGUACCCAAUGCUGUAGUGAAGAAGAUGGAUUCAGCAGAUUUGCUAGUAUCAGCUUCAGUGUCAGCUAGUAGCGACAGCGGGCCAUGCUUCGACAGAACACCAUUCCAUCAGAAUGGUCCAGCAGAGGUUGACAUGGCCGGUGACUCAGGUCCAUAUGAGGUGAGCAGCAGCUUACAGAAGAGCUCAUCUUGCAACCUGCGGCGAUCAGAGAGAGGGGAGACGGAGGUCCAGAGCUAUGAACGGAAGUCGAGGAGGAGCUCUAACAACUCAUCGUCUGAGUCCCCUUCAUAUGGAAGCUUUACCAUAUAUGAGAAGCUCCACAGUAAACAAGGAUUUGGAGACGACGAGGCGAUGACUCCAGUCAGGCGUUCAAGCAGACUAAGGAAGCAAAUCACCUCACCAUGAAAGGAAGGAAAGACAGGAGCUUUCGUGUUCUGACUUCUUCU